CGAGCAGCACCGCAGCUGACCAAGGCGAGAAUGGCAGGCGGCGGACCGAGCAUUGGGAGCUACUCGCCCCUUACGGGCUUCGUUUUUAUCUUCAACCUCAUUGUGGGCGCUGGCGCGCUUACCAUUCCCCACGCCUUCGCCAACGUUGGCCUGAUUUACGGGUCCAUCGCGCUGUCCAUCCUAGCAUCUGUCAGCUAUGUGACUGCCACGUUCAUGGUCGAGGCCAUCGCGGGCGUGAACGCGCUCAAGCGACGCGCGAGAGAGUUGGGGGUGGACGCUGCAAAUGGGGACGAGAAGCAGCCGAUGAACGAGCUCAGUGACAGCGACGACGGCGACGCGCAUACGGAGUUUGUGCCGCUAAUGGUCGCCAGUGAAAUGGAGCUGGCUGAGAUGGCAGAACUGCUGUUCAACCACCGAGGGAUUGUCGCGUUCUACGCAUGCAUCACUGUAUAUCUGUACGGUGACUUGGCCAUCUAUGCUGUUGCUGUCCCCAAGUCCCUGCGUGAGAUAAUAUGCCCGCGCCCAUCGGCGGACGCUGUUGUCUGGGAAUGUUCCGACAAGUUCAACAGCUCGGACUUGUAUCGUCUUUUUGUCGUACUCUUCGGUCUACUUCUCGGGCCGUUCACGUUCGGCCAUGUGCACAAGACGCGCACACUCCAACUUGUUUCAACAAUCAUCCGUCACGCUUCGUUUGGCCUUAUGAUCGUGUUAGCCAUUAUCGGGAUCUCGCGCGGCCACGGCCGGAGCGUUGCAGAUGUCGUGAGUUACGAAAAACCGGCCAACAUUGCCACCUUCUUCGGUGUUUGCAUCUACUCCUUCAUGUGCCACCACAGCGUUCCAGGUCUCGUGGCACCUAUCACGGACAAAUCCAAAGUAGGCACGGUCCUCGCCUCGGCCUUCAUGGAUGUGUACACACUCAACUUCAAGAAUUACCCGGUUCAAGCGUUUGGAUACUUUUUGAGUCUGUUCCCUGUGUUCACGCUAAGUGCAAGCUUCCCGCUUAUUUGCAUCACGCUCCGUGAGAAUAUCCGCCACCUCGCGACGAAUAUGAACGGGUCGUCAGCACCGAGCGAUGCCGCUUUUCCUUCCAGAGGACUGUACGGGUUCUUGGAAACCAACAUGUACGCGCUGGUGGCACUUCUGCCGCCGCUCGUAGUGGCGUUCUUCACCGAAGAUGUGUCCAUGCUGGUGGGUUUCACAGGCGCGUACGCUGGUUUGGGCAUUCAGUGGAUCGUCCCUACGUUCCUCGUUUUCUGCCUGCGCCGUCGCCUGGCGACGGAGUGGAAGCAGAUGCAUCCAAUGGAGGUGGCCGUCACGCGCCCAGGUCCCCCGGCGGCACGCGGCAACAAGAAUCGCUUUGCGAGUCCGUUCGCGCACCAGUCGUGGCUGUACAUGGUGCUCGCAUUCUCUGUGGUCUCGGUCGUGUUGAUCACGAUCACGCAUGGCAUGCAUUAAAGCGACACUUUGGCUUGAAAGGGAUGAAAAGAACCCGGCAGCACAAUUCGAUGCACUACAGGACUGGAAUGCGAACUUGAGUUGACGUGCAUCAUGAGAAAUUGGGUCCUGGUGCCUAAUGGAGCCAUCCACUGCAAGUGGCUAACUGAAUACACUACAGGUCUCCCCACCCUCA